GCGAGAAGGCAACAAGAGAGGAGGGGGAUAAGCGUGCUUUUUGUUCAAACCAGCCAAUGGGCACGAGGCGUUGAGAGACUGACAGCUCGGGUCAGGUGCGGCUCCUGCCAAUAAGCUACUGUUUGCGGGAUUUGACAGACGGACGCACAACAUACACGCGCCACCCAGCAAGGCCAUAUUGUCACAGCGGGGUUGCAUUUUAGGGCUUACAGCGGGCGGACCCGCCGGCAGCAGUGGCAGCUUGGAAUUAACUGAAUCAAUUGAAGCGGUUCGCUAGCUUCGUGAAUCCAGUUGAGCUGUCAUUCUGUGGAAGGAAAAAGGAACUCCUGGGGCGUCUCUUUUUCUACUUAUUUUUGUCUUCGUUUUUCUUUCUUCUAAAUUCUUCUUGGCGGCAUUUUGGACACUUUGUGCUGUGACUUUGUGCGCACUUGGAAAACCAAAGCUUGGAGAGACAACGACAGAGAGAAAGAAGGGGAGACAGAAGGAGAAGAAAGGAAUUUUGACAAAGGACUGGUGGCUCUUCUGUGACCAUGUCCCGACGAAGCCAGCGUCUUGGUGGGACUGUUCAUUAUUACCAAAGCGAAGAUGAUGGCAACAGCAGCAAUAGUGGUGGGAGUUCACUGCUGGGUGGACAGCAGCCCUUGUUUAAAGAUAGUUCCAGUAGUCGGAUUCUGAGAAGGAAAUCCAGCAGCAUGAAGCGCCUCUCUCCAGCCCCUAGCCUGGGGACCGGUCCCACCACCCACACCACCUCCUACUUCAGCGAGUCUGUGGUCAGGGAAUCUUACCUGGAUGAUGGCAGAGGACUUUCUGUUAAAAGCAGCACUGCCUUGGGUGAUCCACUGGACAGCAGUUCUUACUGGAGUGAGGAGUUUUCAAGAAGAAGAAGAGGCAUUGGAGGAAGCACAGAAUCCAGUAAAAAAAUUAAUGGACUGGCAGAAAGGAAGAUAUAUGACACCUAUGCAUCUUCAUCUGGUUACUCCUCUGAGGAUGACUACACAGGUAACACUUACUUGGACCAGAACUCUUCAGGUUCUGGGUUUAGGAAUGCACUCUCCAAAGCAGGUUCUCUUCUGUGGCUGGUGCUUACAUCACCAGGGCGGUUCUUUGGAUUGUUAUACUGGUGGAUUGGGACUACGUGGUACCGUCUCACAACUGCAGCUUCUCUCCUGGACGUCUUUGUCUUAACCCGGAGCCAUCCAUCUCUGAAGAAGCUGCUGCUGUGGCUGCUUCUGCUGCUCUUCCUCACUGCUAUUGGUUAUGGUGCCUGGUAUUUCUACCCCUUUGGGCUCCAUCCCUCUAUGCUUUCUUGGGGAUCUGUGAAGAUGUCCCCUCCUGUUACCAAGAAACAACAUGAAGCAGGGGAGCUCGCUGAAUUUUCUGAGGCCCAGCAGCAGGUGUUGUCCCGGCUCCAGGCCCUGGAGAAACGUUUGGAGAACCUGGAAGCUGCUGCAUCAGUGCUGCAGCUCCAGAGAGGAACAGCAACAGAGGGAACCACUCUGUCACAUGAUGAUAUCCUGGCACUGCUGGACGGGCUGAUGAGGCAACGAGAGACCGCCAUGAGAGAGAAGUUCCAUGCAGAGUCAGACCUUCAUCUCCAGGGUGAGUUGGAUCUUUUACGAACCCAAUGGAAGAAGGAUUUCGACCAUUUCCUGAACAAAGUCUCCCAGGAUAGUGAGGAGGCAGAGGCCAGAAUGCUGCAAAUGACGGCACAAUGGCAAAGUUCCACCCAAGAAGGUCUAAUGGGAAAUUUGCGAAAGGAGAUGGAUGUGCUGGAGGGGAAGCUAGCAGGGCUGAAGAAGGAGUUUGCGAUCUUGGUCUCUGAUCAGAAGGCUUUGUCAGAAAAUAUGGAGUCUUUUCCAGGACAGAUCAAGGAAAUGAGGGAAGAUGUGGAAAUCCAGUUUCCUGUAUGGCUUAGCCGAUACCUGUCCCAACCUAGAGAAGAUGGAGUGGGCCUUCUGUUCCUCCAACGUGAAGAAUUGCAGGACCAGCUCCGCAGACUGGAGCAAAAGAUCCUCACCAAGAUCUCGGAGGACCAGCGGCUGUCCGCACGGGAUGUUGGGGUAGUGCUCCAGAGGGAAGGAGUCACAGGAGUAACAGAAGAGCAAGUGCACCACAUAGUGGACCAGGCCUUGAAGCGUUUCAGUGAAGAUCGUAUCGGAAUGGUUGAUUAUGCCCUUGAAUCUGGAGGGGCCAGUGUUAUCAGCACCCGAUGCUCAGAAACCUACGAGACCAAGACUGCACUGCUGAGUCUAUUUGGGAUCCCUCUGUGGUACCACUCUCAGUCUCCACGGGUCAUUCUCCAGCCAGAUGUCUACCCUGGGAACUGCUGGGCAUUCCAAGGCUCCCAAGGCUUUGCUGUCAUCCGCCUUUCCAGCAACAUCUAUCCCACUGCCGUGACCUUGGAGCACAUACCCAGAUCCCUCUCACCCAAAGGAGCCAUUCCCAGCGCCCCCAAGGAUUUUGCUGUCUUUGGUUUAGAUGAAGAAGGACAGCAAGAAGGCAUCCUCCUUGGGCAAUUCACAUACAGCCAAGAUGGGGAUCCCAUCCAGACCUUUCACCUUGAGCUUCAGGAUGAAGACAAGAAGACAGCCUUUCAGCUGGUUGAGCUGCGAGUUCUCAGCAAUUGGGGCCACCCAGAAUACACUUGCAUUUAUCGCUUCCGUGUCCAUGGGGAGCCAGUCUCUUAACCCUUUCUAGUGCCACAGUCUUGAUAGCUGGCUACCUCAAAUUCUGUGCCUCAGACUGACACAGGCAAGCAGAAAGCAGUGUCAGAAAGGAGAGCCAGUUGGAAUGGGUGAUGCUUAUUAUUUUGCUAUGUUGCUCUUAGAUAGGGAACACGGGGAAUAAAUCACCACCGUCCCCAGGUGAUUGGUUCUCUUUGGGGAAAAAAGCAAAACCAAACCCUUCCAGUGUGCUGAGGAAGAAAGUGGGCUCUCCUUGAUUUGGUAUUUUAUAUUCAGCUGCUUUUUAAAAAUUCAGUGUUUAAAAAAAAAAGAAACCUAUGCAGUUCUUAUCUUGCCCUUCCCACCCCAAACAAAAACUGUAUUCUGACUUUUUUUAGAGAGCUGUGUCAUGAUAGCCCUUAUAGUUCUAGUGGUGUUCAUAUUUUUAUUAUAUAGUAUUUGGAGGUGAGGGUAAUAAUGUAUUUAUGUAAUCUGUCUCAGAUGAAGACAGCAAGAGGCUUUAUGCUAUUGCUUUUUCCUUUCCUGGGUUGGCAGGAUUUAGUUUGUUUUUAUUAUCCAACCAUGUCUACUGUAGUAGGCACCCACAACACUGCACAGUAGGGAACACCAGAGGAAAAUGGGCAUUUAUUUCAAGUAUUUAAAAACAGGAGGCUGCAGUCCUAAAGGAUGAGGAAGUAAGAGGCUUGUUUUCUGGGGAGAAACAGUGGGAAUGUAAGCAGGAGUGCCAAAAACUGCUCAGUGGCCCAUUAGUAUGGCUUCCUGCUAAAACUCAUUUCCAUGCUGCCAUGCUUAGAGCAAAUGACUGAAUUCUGACAGGCCCUUUCACCACAAUGGAAGUUCCUGCAGCAAUCCUGGAUAUGUAAGGGCUGAUUGUUCGUGCUGAGUGGUGAAGGAAACCACCCUGCACAUGCUCAGAGACACCCAUUUUUGUCUUGCAUAUUCCGAGUGAACCUUGAUAUUAAAAUCUAUGGUUCAAGGAUAAACCUUGCUAAGCCUGGCUCACAUUAAAGUCUGCCUUUGCUAUGCAUGCAAAGGAAACAGGCAUGUCUCGCUCUUGGGCUGCAUGUUUUAAUGCAAAAGUGGCUGCAGUACUGGUUGUGUUACAGUGCAAAUGGCUUCAUGUGCUCUCAAAGGAUUUUGUGUUUCUUCAGCUUGUAUACAUAUAGAUUAAUUUCGUAAAACAUUCAGAUAGCAAAGAGCUAAGAUUAGAAUGACCACUAGUGGCUGCUUCAGCCCUUAAUUUCUUUGGGCACUACUCACAACUGUUGAAAUCCAUUUUAUCUCUAAUCUGUGGUCAGAAAUAACAAGGAAUUUUCACCUUCCCCCAACACUGGGAGCAGCAAACAAGGGAAUCCCCUUGCUAUCUCUGAUCACAGACUGGGAAAAACAUGUUUCCUCCCCACUUCCAGAGGGUAGGGCCCACACAGGACUUAAUCUUCCAGGUGCCAGACUGGGAACCCUUUUGGGACAGAUAUGUCCAGAGGUUCCCUGUCUCUUGCAUGAACCAAAUACCAGACUAGAUGGGUCCUCAGGCCCCUGCUAUGGGUUGACACAGAAGCUGUGCAAAUGACCCAUCCAUCACUUGGCACAAAGUGCAUGUAGCCACUUUAUAAAUCGUUUACAUGUAUUGGCCUGCUAAGAGGUACAAAAAUGGUCCCCACCUUCUGUAGCUGACCUGCACAGGUACUGGAAUGAGAUGAGAUGGGAAGGAGGACAUAGAUUACUGAGGGGGUGCAAUGGACUGCAUUAGUACGGGAGACAGGCUUGCGGUUUUGAAUGCACCCUUGCAUUAAUACAUUUGUUCAAAAACCCUGAGCAGAAACUGAACACCGCAAGGAACAGAAACUCUCUUCCUGAGAGACUGGUUUCAAUUUUCAGGAAGCUUUUCCACACAGUGGAGGCAAUUAAAAAAUGGAGUCCCCAUGUUAUCUCUAAAGUGGUAUAACCUAUUUGACUUCCUUAUUCUGCUGCACAUGUAGACCAGUCCACUUAAGAAAUCUAGAGAAAUCUGUGGUAAAAUUACUACAGAUGAAGUGCUUACACUGUGUUAAAUAGGUCAUUGGUAUUUGCCAACAGUAAAAGCUGCACUUGGAAGGAAUGGCCCUCUUGCUAGGGAUAUCUCAUAAAAGAAUUGUUUCUUCUAAGAGGCUUCUACCAAAGGAAGGAUAUGUGGGCAUACAUGGUGCAGUGAAAACAGUGUGGAACGUGCCAGUUUCCCAGCUGAGUUGAGCUCCAGAACAAUCUGUCCCUCGCGUUCACAAUGGAAAUUGUGCACAGUGCUGCUGGACUUUGUGUUGGUCAAGAGACCACUUCCCUUCCAUCUCUCCAGAAUACUGACUGCCACAAUGGCCAACCAAUCAGGGAGCUGGUCUCUCCUCCCCUUGGCUAGAGGUUAGCUUCCUGAUUGGCUGGACUUCUUCUUUUUACUUAGAAAAACCUGAAGCAUCAAAUACACAUUUGGAUGAAUAUAUUUGCAGGGUACCUGAAGUAAGUGUGCUUUUCUUUAAAAAGUUCAAAGGCAGUGGUAUAGAUGUGUUGAAGCACAGAGAAUCAACAUUUGAGUAGUGAGAACUAUUUGUGUCAGAAGAGGAAGUGGGAGAAGCAGCGUUUGGCCAUCUUUGCUCUAUGUUGAGACAGGCAGACUGCUGCUGUAGUUAGCAGGACAUUUUUUCUGCUUUUGGAAUGUAAACACCAUUUUCUUAGCUGCAUAUGCAACCUUGGUAGCUACUGCACACUUCAGAGCAUGGGCAGUAUUGCAUGCCAUUGAGGAAACUAUGACAGGAUAAAAUCUGUUAUUGGUUCCAUGUCCCUGUCAAGAGUGUGAGGAAGAGGAGAAACUUUAAUGUGACCGGUCAAAACAAAGGAUGCCCCACAGAGAAAUAACAAGGCAAACGUAUCAUUCAGCCUUGCCAUUUCAAUGUUUUAAAAGUCACAAGGAUUAAUGAAUGUGACCCAAACUGUUCUAGCAUGAAUGCUUAGUGGAGAAACUGUGAUGUAAUUCUCUGGUCAUCUAAAAUAGCUUAGCAGAAGUGCAUGGACAUAGUUUGAUAUAGAUUCACACUGUUAGUGUUACUAGGUCAUGUUCAUUUAGUUAUAGCAUAGAGUAUUGGGUGUUCACUACCAGAUGCAUCCAGAGGAAAGCUGGUACCUGAGGGAGCGGGGGCAUGCACAGGGCAUGCUAAAAUGGCCCCAUCACUUGCUCCAUCCUUACUUGCAUCAUCCAUAGUUGCAGUUUUUCGGAUGGUGGAAGUCUACAGCCUACCAACUGACCACCCAUCGACUCAGCAGUGAGGGGUAGAAAUAGGGUAGCCGAUAACUGUGUCUGUAUCCCUCUGUCACGCUUACAGCAAUGAUCUGCAAUAUGGGAGGAGGUAUGUCGUCCUAUUGGGCUCCAGUAAGAAGUGUUAUGCCCCUUGGCUUACAGCAUUUGCUAGUGGACUUUACUUGCAACUUGACAAUAAAGGUCAGUUCCAACAUUUAUUUCUCCUAUGAUGUAAGUAGGGCAAAAAGCAUAAUAGAAGGCAACACUUACAUGCUUUAUUUAACCCGUAAUUGUUUGCUUUCCCCAGAGUUUGUCUGUCAGACUAUUGAACAAACUGUGGUUUGUUUUCUCAAUUCUUAGUUGUUUCUUUCCUCUUUUGCCUGCUCUGUCCGUGUAUCCCAUAUGCCUUUGCAGUGCUGCAGUACUGGCACACAGAGCAGCUGGGGGUGUGGUAUUUUUCUACUCUUGCCUACCAUCUCCAUCACCUGGAGAAAUAAUUACAGUUCUGAGUUUGCACAUAGUGAUAACAAUCCAGAGUUCACAACUCAACAAACCAUGGUUUUGUUUUCUGGAUUGUUUGUGGUUAACAAGCUUUGGUCACUACAAUCCAAAAUUCUGGAGUCCAUACCAUACCAUGGGUUACUGUUGUGUGUCAGCCAGGCCAUAAUGUAAUUUUAUAUGCCAAAAUGGUGGCAUUCCUGAAAAAGGGUGGCAAGCUUGCACAUAACAAACAAAAUCAGCCUCUUUUUAACCCUACCAUUUUGCUUUCAUCAGGAAGACCAAAGGAAGGAUAUCAGCGCUGCCUUAGAAAUUGCAGUUUUGAGCUGCUCUAAGUCCCAUUAGAUACCUCUUUCAUGCUUUUGGUAGGAAACUGGUUGUACUUCUGCACUGUUUAUUGGUCAGCUAAGGUUGUGGUAUGAUGCUAGAGAGGAUUUUAAAAAAUACAUCCAUGGAUAGUUGUCUAUAUGUGCGUGUGAAAAGCUAUGUCUUUGAACCAUAGCUUAGCUCUUAUCUUUGUACUCUGCAGCAGAUAAAGAUGUCUUAAGCACUGAUUUUUUUUAAAAGUUUGCUUAUGUAUUACCCCUUAUAAAAGAUAUGUUGUUGAUUAGCUGUACUUAGGAGAAAACAAAGGUAACUUGUAUGGGUGCAUACACAAGAUCACACUUUCACUAUGCCAGGUUAAUCAAUCUGGUGAAACUACUUUGCCUUGGUUUCAUAUAAUUAAAGUGAAUCCAUUGCUUGUGUCAAACGCUUAUGUGUUUCAGCAUCUUGGGUGAAUGUAAAAAUUUGAUUAAUAAUCUGAGUGACCAAAUCAGCAUUUGGUGAUCUUGGAUAUGUACCUGAAGGACUGUGAGUGACGUUGUUCUGGCUCUCAUGUCCCUGCCUAUAGCUGUGUUAGCACCUAGAUACUAUUCUCCAAUUGCGCAAAACUGGGACUGGACUUAUGGUAACAAUAUAGAUGUCAUGCUCAUGUCAGCUCCCUGAGCAUAGCUAGGGGACUUGCAUGCAGGUGCUGCUGGUUUCAAUAUAACCACAAGCAUACUUGUGGAGCAGCUUUCUUCAACACUGGCCAGGCUGGCUAGGGAUGGUGAGAGUUGCAGUUCAGGGCAUCUGGAGGGAGGCAGGUUGGGGAAGAUAGUUCUGAAGUUUGUUUGCUCACAGGAGGCACCAUAGCAUCUUCCAUUAUCAGAUCAUCAACAACACAGUUCGUAUCUGCAGUGUCUUUAUCAACAUAGGUGAGCACCAUCCAAAGCAUGACUUCUCUUCCCCAUGCCUUCCUUUUGGCCUGUCUCAUUACACUGUCAAAAGCACCAUGUUAAUAUAGUGCCAUCAGUGUACAAGAGCAAAAAUAGUGCUUCUUUAAGAAACAGCUAUCUACAAAGCAAGGGAGGAGAGCAGUUUGUAUCUAAGACUGUAACCUGUUGCAAAUGCUGCACUGUUGGUUCAUUAUUUUUUAUCUACCAAUUGUAAUUUAUGCCUAUGCAAAAGAAACCCAAGACAAUAAAUGACCUUUUUUUAAAAGGGUUGAGACUGACUGUUGGUGGAGAGGAGAUGUCAUUAAUUUAGUAAUUGUUUUGCAAGGGAGGAAAUUGUAAACACCGAAGGGCAGCAAUUCUGUGAGUGCAGAGUACCACACACAUGCAUGCAGAGCUUUCUAGAAGAACUUGCCCAUCUCCUCCCAUAAACAUCACUGUGCUGCUAUGCAUGGUGAUAGCCUAACAGAGCUAGAACAGAGCCUCUGCAGUGACCAUCUAGUAACAUGCUGCUCGUCACAUGGCUUCAGCUGUGGAUGCACAUUCCCAUAAAAAGGGCCAGCUGGAAACGUGCCAGAUAAGUGCAGUUGUUAGCAUGCAGCCGAGUCCACUGUGUCUGCCCACAGACCUUCCUUGGGCCACUGGUAGAUUGCAAACUAUUAGUAGGACUAUAGAUUGCAAACUAUAACUCAAUAGGCAAAGGAAGACUUGGUAAAAUUAGAUUUAGAGUAAUCUCAUAAGUUAUUUCCUGGCCCAAAUUUUCUGGGGUUAGGUAAGGGAGGAAAAGUUGCAACAGACGAGAGAGGGGUUCAGGUUUGAAAGGAGUCUUACAGCUUUCAGAACUGAAUUAAAAAUACUGAGCAUAAGGGCUUCCCCUACAUGUGUGCUACAAUGGUAGAUUUGCACUGGACUGCCAGUGUUUAAAGGAACACAGGUAGUAGCCCUUAAAGCUAUGCUAACACCUCUUCCUCAAAUAAAUUAUAUGACACCA